CGGGCGGUGCCGUCAGCGGGGUGUCACUCAUUCACUCUCUCUAGCUGGUCAAGUCGUUCAUUUGGAAGUGGGAAUGACAUGGCGCAGUGUUAAUGCAUCAUGGCCGGUGAAAGGGAUUACAUGGCUAACCGAAGAAGGGGACCACAUGAAGUUAUGUGUAAGAAGUCUGGAGUUAAACUGCUCAGCUGUUUAAGCCACAGAGGAGCAAUUAGAACAUUUUAAGCUGCUUUCUUUACCCACGGUCUGCAUAGGGUUAGGAGAGGAACUGUGCCGUGAAACUUGGUGUUAUUAUUUUUUUAAGUUUAAGUGGUUCCUUAUUUUGUGCUGGAGACAUGGCUCUGUCCCAGAUACAGUGCCUGGACGAUAACCACGUGAACCCGCGGAGGCACGAGUCCAAACCGGAGUUCUUGUACUGCGAAGACCAGCGGCUCGCGCUGGAGACGUUCCUGCGGGAUGGUCGCGAGGCGUUUGUUAAGUACCUGGAGGCUCGCGAGCUGCGCGGCUUCCUCUCGGACCCGGAGUUGGAAACUCUCGCCGAGGCGGUGAAGCCCUAUGACCCGGGCACGGAGCUCUUCCCGGAGAAUGCCGAGGACGACGAGCCCCCGCUGUCGCUGCACUACUGGCCCGACUUGUCGGAUACUUCCAUCCCGCAGAUGGACCUGGGCUGGCCGGACAACGUGUCAUACCGGGGGGUGACGCGCACUACUGUGUACGCGCAGCCACCCCUGGAGGGUCAGGCGCACAUCAAAGAGGUUGUCAGAAAAAUGAUUGCGCAGGCGCAAAAGGUAAUAGCAGUGGUGAUGGAUGUGUUCACUGAUGUCGACAUCUUCAGAGAUUUGCUAGAUGCUGGUGUCAAGAGGAAGGUUUCGGUCUACAUCUUGCUGGCACGCACAACACUACCUCAUUUCCUGUCCAUGUGUCAGAGAGCCAACAUGCACCCGGGUCACCUUAAGAACCUUCGUGUACGCUGCACAGAUGGAGCAGAGUUCUACACUCGGUCCUGCACCAAAGUCACAGGGCGAAUGGGACACAGAUUCAUGUUCAUUGAUGGAGACAAAGCUGUGUCUGGGUCGUACAGUUUCACUUGGAUGUCAUCGCGUCUGGACACAAGUCUCAUCACCGUGGUUACAGGCCAGGCAGUGGAAGCCUUCGACAGGCUGUUUCGCAUCCUCUACUCAACCUCCAGCUUGGCUGACCUCCGGAAGGUCGCCACGGAGCCUGAACCUGAGUUGGAGGCCCUCCCACCGCCAGUCGCAGUAGCCCCUCUUUCUGCUGAUAUUGCAAGGAAACUGAACAGCCCCAAAUAUGCCCUGGUUACCUUAGGCAAGCCCAGUCCCACCAAUUCUGUUGGCCCCGAAGAGACCCAAAAUCCAAAGAACUCCAAGAACCCAGAAACGAAGAACGGGAGGCGGAGUAGGGCUAACAAAGAAGCCAUACAGGAGACUCCUUCCAUCCACCCAGGACUCAGCAAUCUAGAGAAAGCAUGCUUGAUGUCAUACCUGCCCACCUGGCCAGAACCUGAUCCCCCCAGUGAUGUAAUUGGGUUCAUUAACAUUCGUGAUGCCAGCAAACCGAAUCAGGUCCAUCUACAGAGAUCUGAGAUGUUUGAAACCAGCCAAGCGAUAAGGUUUAGCAGUCCAUUCAGCAUGCCUAAGGAAAUCCUGCCAGAAGUCGCCAAGCCUAGACAGUUUACUGCUAAAUAUGAGGAGAUGAAUAAACUCCAACUAGCACAAGAUAAAACAAAGGCUGAACAGUCGCUGGUAGGCAUAGCACAGCCAACACAAGUCAAUGCAGGGCCUGGUGACUUCAAAGGCAAAGCAGAGGCACCUGCACAGAAAUCACCUGCAUCUGGACCAAAGUGUGAAUCCGACAAAGACACGACUAAGACUCUCAAUGUUGAGAGCAAACGGCACUCAAACACACCCACCAACCAAGAUACAAGCCACAACACCACACUUCCCCUCAAUGCACACACACCUCGCCAAUCUAGCAGCAAAGCAUCCACUCCUACCAUUGGGAGGCCUUCACACACCACACAAACUGUCACCACCCUCCCCGGAUCGAACACUAAAAACGAAGCAGAAAGUGAUUUAAACACACAACAACAUGAUACUGUGUACAAGUCGCACGUCCUGGAGUCGAGCAGUACGCACGCCCCACACCUGUGUCCCGCUGACUCAAACACAGAAUCACAGACACAAACGAAGACGGUGCAGCCACGUACAGAAUCACACACGCAGCCACAAAACGUCUCUGACAUGACUCCUAACGUCCAGACUCCCACCGUCAACAGCCACAUGUCUUUCUCUUCUGCUUCUGCCACGUGCUCUCCGUCUGUCAGUUCAACCUCCCUUUCUGAAAACAAUCAUGUCUCCAUUACUACAAGCACGACUCCCGGUACCUGUUCUUCUUUGUCUUCCAUCAGCUCUUCUUCCUCCAUUCCUCAUUUGACCUCUUCUCUUACACCCCUCAAUCCUCCCCCUCCAUCUUCCUCACCAUCCCCAUGUUUGAACUCAACCCCACCCAUCCCUAAACCUCGUACGCUCAAGCUGGUUAUCAAAGGCGGCGUCAUGUGCAAUGGCCAGAAGCUGCCGGAGUUAAGUGUUGUCAGGAGGCCUCAGGCGAGCAUGGGGCCGCUCGCGGUCCACGAUGAGCCCGAUGUAGCAACCGUGGCGCAGACAUCGCCAGAAAAAGUGCCUGGGACAACAAACAACAGUGGAAGCGAGACAGGAGCCCAGAAAGAUGCAGAGAACACAGAAAUAGCUCUACGGCAAAAACAGAGUGGGACUUCCCAAGCGACAAAGAAGGAAGUAGUUGGACGACAUGAUGACAUUGCAAGAAUGCAGUUUGUCGCUGGAAACAACCCAGAAGAACAGUCUGAUGUUUCCAUUGCUGAUGCGCCAAAGGCAGAGAGUUUGAAUAGUCAAGAAAUAAUUCCAAAAGAUGUCGAGCCCAAGACUUUGACGUUGAUAGACUGCAAAUUAAGCCCACAGAUAGACUGUGUAGCCACACUACAGACAGAGAUAAAGGCUCAGAGAAUAUCAUAUAGUGAGUGGAUGCCACAAGAUAUAGAUACAUUAGAGACUGUGGAUUCCAUAAAAGCACCAACACACACUCCUGUUUCUUCCACACACUUAUCCAAAGACAGUGCUGGUGACAGCACACACACAUCAGUCGCAGACACACAAGGUAAUCCAGGUUUCACACCGGCACAACACACAGACAACACCACAGACAACAUACCCGCUGCAAAACAUAACACACAGGGCAGCUUUCAAGAACAAACUCCUAAAGCACGGAGAGGCACGCACACACCUGAAGGACCCCUGCGUUUACGUCUCCCCGAAAAACUCACGCCAGACUUACGUUCGAUGACGCCUGAGAGAGAACCACGUUCACUCGCAGCUCUCAUACACACUCCAACUCCAGACGGGUAUCUUCCACUUACGCCCAGCACCCCAGACUCACGAACGCACACGCCGGAUCCGCGGUCAUACACUCCAGACUUUCGAACGCCUACGCCCGACGAGUAUUUCUCACCAAGAGCGGACUCCGCUCUGUCCACCAACUCAGAGGAUUCGUUUUACGAAUGUAACGACUCUCCUUUGGAGCGAGCAGCUUCCAGCAACAGCGGGAGGACAGAGGAUCGUGUUUGCGUUACGCACACAAAUACUGCUAAUGAUACAACCACCACCAGCAGUCCUGCACGCGCAAAUUCGAACACUCGUGCUGCUAAACUAGGCACUACAGACAGGAAUACCUCGAGCAGUGAAACACAGAGUUUGUCUAGGCCUGCUGGAGUCUCCUCUUUGUCUUCUUUACUUGAGAAGGAAGUUAAAAUGGUGGAGGAAAAAGAAACCACAAAUGAAGAAGAGGGUGGGAGAGAAGAGGAUGAAAAGGGGAGGAAACUGAGUGUGACAGGGAGGAGGACAGAGGGGGAUAACCAUGGGACGGAGACGAGAGGCAGCGAGGAAGCUAAGAGAGCAGCCGACCGUUUUAAACAAGGUAAAGAUUCGACAGAGGCAGUAGAAAAAAACGAGGAGGCCCAAUACCAAGCCCCGAAGAGAGAGAUGGCGCUGAACCAUUCGGCAGCAGGGAGAGCGGUCGACGGAGGAGCGACUCCAGGAGAAUUAACCAACGAAAGAACGGAGCUAAAGCAAUUGCCCACAAGUGACCUUCAACCAAAGAAGGCAUCUUCUGAGGAAAAGAGAGCAGACAAAGAGAAGGCAGAUGACAAGGAGCCAUCAGGUCCCAGCAGUGUGGAGAGGAGAGACAGACCCCAUUCAGCCACAGAGACUGAUGGACAGAAGCUUUUGCACACUUCUCCCAAAAGCCCUGGAGGACAACAGCAAGACAGUAGAGGGCCCUCCCCUUCCCGACCAUCCAGACCCCCUCGACCCCUCUCAGCCCCCCAGCCUUGUCCCUGGGGAAGCUGUCAACUGAACCAGGCAGAAAGCAAGGCGCUCCACAAUAGUUUCCAGGUCUUGGCUAAUACCUCGUCCUCUCGCAAACCGCCAUCCACACCCCCUCCUCCAGUGACGGCGAGGGCUGUCGGGUCUGCAGCAGGGCGGAAGCAAGCCGAAGCCCCCCGCGGCCAGCACAGCCUCCUCUCCCGACCGCCUCUAGCAGCGCAGGGCAGGAUGGUCGCUGGCCAGUCGCAGAAUCAACAUGCUUACUUAAAAUCCCCGGGCUCCUUUCGCCACACACACUCUAACAGAGAGGCGCAGCUCCAUCCUCCUUCCCACAACCAGACGGCAUCACCGCGGGAAGCACGUUGGCAGGAAGAACCAAGUGCUCCAUUUAGCUUCACUUUUAGCAGGCUGUACAACCUCAAGGGCCUAAAGGACAAGAUGAGCAAGCUGCCAGUGCAGAGCAAGAGAGGCAGAGCCAGCUCUCCGGGACAGGGACGUAAGAGCUCCAGCUAGUCUGGUAACGUCAGAUUCGGUUUUUAAUACUAUAAGACCUCAAGCCAAAGAAAUGGCAGGUUAAAAUAAAGAAUAGCGAUAGAAAACUCUCUCCGUUCACCUCCAAGAAAAAAACUUGACUUAACCCAGUGUAGCACCUUUUUUAACCUUAAGUGUUACUACUUGCUAAUGCUUUCAGUGAAUGUUCGAGCUUCGACCUAAUGACCCAUGACAUGUGGGAUUGUCUCGUCUGAUGGAGGACGCACAUUAAGUUGUUUUCCACAUGGCAGUGUGAAACCUUUGCAGGAACCUUUUCAUGUUGAAAAUCCAGCUGCCUUUUCUGGCUGAAAUUUAGGAGGUUGUGACCUCUGAUGCUGUCAAUGGCCUGGACAUAUAUGGAACUGAACCAUAGCUGCCUCCCCUAAAUUAUGACACGGUUUUAGCUUUUUCACCCACCUGGUCUAAGUUAUCGAACAACUGAAUAAUGGAGUUGUUUCCCAUUUUCAAAUUAAAACUUGGAUAUUAAAUGUUUAAAUUGUUUGUGUGACCAAAGAAAAUGAACACCAGGAACAUACAGUAUGUAAAUAUUAUGUAAAGCCAGAAGUUUGCCUUUUACAUACUGCACAUUAGAUAGGCUGCUUUGACUUUGAUCCACUGUACAUAUACUGUGGAUCGUGCAAAAACAAAAGCGGUUGCUUCCUGAAUUCACUGAUACAGUUGAAUGAAAUUCCUUAAGUCAACCACUUACUCUUUUUUUGUCAUUUCAUUCAGAUAGAUUAGAAAUGUGGGCGAUCUUCUUUGGUUAGAUUAGUAUGGUAUCUCGGGAUAGUGCUAUGUCAAUGUGAAUUUGUGUUUCCAACAUACAGUAUUGUAUGUGCAGUGUGACUGGAAGUCAUUACACUGCACAUUAAUAGAGUUUGAAAUAGGUACAAUGACAUGCCUGAUGAAAGCAAACAUGAAAUGUACAGCAUUACAGAUGUACUGUAUUUUUGUGCGAUACUGAACAAUGCAAAAAAAAUAAAAAACACUGAAUGUCACGGACCGCUGUUGAAGAGGUUUAAUAUGCUCUACCACCACUUUAGAUUCUGUGAGCAGACAAAUAAGUAAAUGUUCAAAUGGCUAACGUCAUGACAGUGGCAGUUUUCAUUGUGUUUAUAUGAGUUGAGUGGGAGUAUUUGUCCCACAUUUGUGCUAUAACAAGCCAAGUCUCUCCUCUUCACUGGAUUUAAGUGUUUACAAUACAAAUUUGAAUGAUGAAACUGUUGAUGCAGAAUCGCACCUUAUUGUUUUUCUUAUUGUCUCACACCUUUAUUCUGGUUAUUUUGUACUCUUCCAUUGUGUGCUGUACAUAGAAACACUAAAGGGGUCAGGUAAUUGAUAUAUUCGUUGUUUACACCAUAUGCCAUUUACAUUCAAAAGGCUUUUCGCCUGGAAGUCUGUGCCCAAACAAAGCAUAAGUUAGAGACGAGCCCAGUCAACACCACACAAGACAGGCCAAUUACUCUGAAGACAGAUACAGAUGUCCUAUGACAACAGAGUACAAGAUGCCCUUGAAGGAAUGUGGAAAUGGGCAGAGUUGCUGUUUUGCAUGACAAAUAAACUCAUUGAUGACAUCAAUGAAAUGGCUGAUGUGUACAUAAUUCUUGUGUGGUCUGACAGAAAAACAACACACACAACAA